ACCAGAACCGUCGGCGCCGCCAACACCGUGGACGACCCACGCGACGAUGGAGUUGACGGUCCAGGCGGCGGCCAUGGCCGGGCUACGUCGUACUGAAUUAGAUGAAGCGGUGCGCACGAACGAAGCCAUUGAGAUGUGAAGGAAUGGCACCUGUACGUGCUGAGCAGGCGUGCACGUACAAUGUCAUUCUGUUCCUGGGAGUUUGAUCCAGCGGGUAAGAGUUCUGCCACAAUGCGACGAAUGCACACAUGGCACAUGAGCCCGUCCACAUGCAGGGGAUGUAAUCCACACACACAGGGCGGCAGGACGCAUGUAGUCGACGAAAUGUGAUGUCCGUUUCGUGGAAGAAGGUCACUCGGUGCGUGUUCUCGCCAGGCGAAACUCCCGCAGGAAGUGUCGCCGGCCGGUGGGACGCCAUCUUCUUGUUGCUGCAGUAUUCAAUUGUCUUCGCCAUGGCACGACUUGUUCGACCCAUCACAACCAUUGGUGCAUGUUGGUCAUUCGUGGCGCUGGUCACGAUGCUGGUCGCCACUACGAUAACUGCCGCCCCCGCUGACAAGAAAUGGAUCACGCACUUCUAUGGCCGCGUGAAAGCUGACUCGUACGAGUACUUCGUCGUCGACGUCCCUCGUGGUGUAUUCGCCGUGGAUGUGUCGCUUCUCCUCAGUGACCUGGGCGCACGCGUGCCGCCGACGCUGUUCCUCCAGAAGGAUCGGUUUGCUACCGAAACGUCGUUCGAGAUGGCGUUCAAUACGUCGCACCAACAACCGUACGUGAUGGCAUCACUGACAAAUCUCGAGCACGGACGGUACUACGCCAUGGUGUGGGGCGGCAACGUCCACGGCUCGGUCAACAACUUUGGCGUCGGGCCAUCCACGAAUAUGUGGUGGUACCUCGAUUUUACGUUUCGUUCCUGUCAUGUGGUGGACAUGCUUGGCUCGUCUUGUGCCACGGCGCCGGUUCCCCUGCCCCGCCGCCGCAUCCAUUCGCCUCAACAACAAGCGACCGGCAGCAGCGACGGCCGUGGGUGUGUUGACACGGUCUCGAACCCGUCGUUGUUUUCGUUUGAGCUGGUGCAACCAGCCGCAUACUUGGACGUGACGCUCGACGUGGACGACCCGUCCAACGUCGUCGUAUGGGGGCUGUACUUGAACGCAGCCAACCCGAUGGCCAGCGAUGCAGUUCAGAACGCGACGUCAGCCACUCGAACGCUCCGUGUGAUGCGGCCACUCGUGGGGCGAUGGAUCGUGGGUGUCGCGUUGCAGCGGCACUCGGCCGCGGUUGGCAAGUGCAACGACGACUUGAGCGAGAACACGGGCGGGAUUCCAUUGACGGUCACGUGGAGCACGACCGAGGAAUGCGAUUCGUUCGAGAACGAGCUGUGCCCUGCGUCAUGGACACCUCUGAAUCAACUGCGCGAUGCCGCCAACCCGGUCGACGACUACAUCGUGGACGCAGCCUUCAGCGCCAGCCAGCCGUCCAAGCCCAACAUGACCCACACCGCAUUGGUGGCGUACGACGUGCAAGUGGACCCGAUGUACGCUGGCACGUCUGUUGUCGUGCACUUGGCGACGACCGCGCAUGUGGCCAACUUUUCCGUGUUUAUCCGAGUCGAUGGAUGGCCGACGGCGUCGUUGUUCGAUUACAGCUUCGAUGCGUCGCAAGGGCGCCCGAUAGGGACGUUGGGCUCCGCGACCGACCCGAUCGACCCGUCUGUCCAGUCGUUCGAAGCCCUGCGGCAACAGCCCAACUCAACGACGAUGACCGCGCCAUCCUUUCUCGAGUUUCCUCCGAUUGUGUUUCCCAAAAUCGGCCACUGGUACAUCAUCGUCGCGCCGACCGUGCCAUCGACCCCAUCGCAACGCGAGUGGGGCGUGGCGAUCCAGUUGCAAACAAACGCGUGCCCUCCUCGCAACGUGUGCAGCAACCACGGCACAUGCCUCGUCAAGACGUCGUACCAAGGCAUCGUGUACGGCGAGUGCCAGUGCGCGUACGGCUAUGGCGGCCGCGAUUGCAGUUCGCUUGUGUACACCCCUCGCGAGCGGUCGGGACGGACGUGGCUCUUGUUGCUGUCGAAUGCAGCGAUCUUGCCCGCGGCGAUUCUGUCGUGGAUGCGCAGGUUGUACGGUACGACAUCCAUUGGGUGGCCGACGAGGAUGCCAUCGCCGUGGGGUGUGCGGCGUGUAGUUGAAGCGGUGCUCUUUGUUGCGCUGGGCGUGAUAUCUGGCGUGUACCACGCAUGCGACCUCAACUUGUACUGCAUGUUUCCGUACGCGUUUCUGCAAUCGAUGGACUUUACCUUUACUUUCAACGCCAUCAUGCUCGGGUUCAUCCAUCUCUCUGGAGCGUUCAAGCAUGCCAAGGCUGGCAUGCAAGUGUUUGUGCUCGUCGCGCUCGUCUUCAUGACCACGUACAACGCGACGUCGAUGAAGAAUUGGAUCGUGCUGGGCGGAGUCAUCACGGUCCAGUUCGUCGCGACGUGGAGCUACUACGUACGCAACAACGCGGCGUCACCAUCGCCUGAUGAUAUGGGAUCUGUCGUAGUUGACGAUGGCCAGACACCGCCUGCAUUUGACCAUGUUCCAGACGUUGAAGCGGUUUGUGUUGUACAGCGACAACUUUGACUUUCGCUUCUUGGUGUUUGGCGCGGUGCUGUGGGGUGCCGCCUUUGGGUGCUUCUUCACCGAAUCGGGCCAUUCGUACUGGCUGAUCCACUCGAUUUGGCACUGUACGGCCAUGUUGGCGGCAUUUGCGUUCAUGGGGUUCCGCAAGAACAUUCGAUACCGCUGUGUCGGCGAAGACGGUGUCGACGUGUUGAGCCACGAAGCGACCCAAGCCGCUGCUCGACUGGACAAGCCGCGUUUCAAACCCCACGACGUUGUGCUCAUGCGCGAAGACGUUGAAGCGUCAACCGCGACAACCCAAGUCACAUCGACAUGAACGUCGUCGCUUAAACUGACGUGAACCACACAAUCGUUUGAAAGAAUUCUCGCCCGCGCUCGUCGAGGUUGUUUCCCUGCACCGGCCAUUGUCGGCAGAGGAGUCGCA